UGUAUAGAGUAAAUGUAAAAAGAAAAGUUAGGUUGGAAAGGUGGUGAAAAUAGACAAGUUUAAAAGGCAAGGCAAAAACGAGUCUUGUUUAAAAGGCAAGUACCAACCAAACUUUCAUCUUCAUUGCCUUUUUUUUUUCCUGCCGCCAUAUCUAUUUCUUUCUCUACAAACCUUGCCUAUUUUUCUCUUGAAUGCCUUCCGUUCAAAUGCGUUCCUCUCCCUCUGUUUCCCCGCCUAGAACGGUUACUGAUCUCAAGCAGCGAGUCAUCGCCUGUCUCAACCGUCUCUCCGAUCGCGACACUCAAUCUCUAGCCGCCGCUGAGCUCGACUCGAUCGCUCUCAACCUCUCACCAGAGUCUUUCUCCCUCUUUAUAAACUGUCUCCAAACCACAGACUCUUCCGCCAAAACUCCCGUCAGGAAACACUGCGUCUCCCUCGUCUCCGUCCUCUCUCGUUCCCAUGGAGACUCCCUCGCUCCUCACCUCCCCAAGCUGGUCUCCACCGUCCUCCGCCGCCUCCGAGAUCCUGAUACCUCCGUCCGCGCCGCCUGCGCAACCGCUUCCGUCGAUAUGACCACCAACAUCACCGAACCGCCUUUCUCCGUCCUCGCCGGACCGAUGAUCGAAACGUUGAUCCACGACUGCGAUACCAACGCGCAGAUAGGAGCCGCCGUGUGCCUGGCGGCGGCUGUUGACGCGGCCGGUGAUCCUGACGUUGAGCAGUUGCAGAAAGCGCUUCCGAAGAUCGGGAAGCUUCUUAAGUCGGAAGGUUUCAAGGCGAAACCUGAGCUUCUAGGAGCCAUUGGGAGCGUGAUCGGCGCCGUUGGAGGUAGAAACAGCGACAGGGCCGUGAUGGAUUGGCUUUUACCUAACGUGUUGGAGUUUCUAAGCAGCGAGGAUUGGCAUGCGAGGAAAGCUGCUGCGGAGGUUAUGGCUAGAGUAGCUACUGCUGAAGUAGAGUUAGCUCCUUUGUAUAAGAAGGCAUGUCUUUGUGUUCUCGAGAGCAGAAGGUUUGAUAAGGUUAAGCUUGUAAGGGAGACGAUGAACCAUACGUUGAGUUUAUGGAAGCACCUUGGAGAAGAUGAUUCUCCAGAGUCAUCUUCUUCGAGAAAAAGAAGCAAAGAUAAGAAUACAAACAUAGCAACAAGCUCAAAGUUAAAUGAUGUUGAAGAUGAGUCGAAAGAGAAGCGGCCAUUGGGGACUAGAAGAGCUCUGUUUCCUGCAAAGCCAAAGCUGUCUAAGGACAAAGAGAAUGUAACUAUCAAGCCACAACUUGUUGCUGUUGUUCAGAGUAGUGAUGGAGAAGAGAGUAGUAGUUCGUCUCAGAGAAAUAAUGCAGAAGAAGAGUUGUCUCUGAUAAGAAACCAGAUCACUCGGAUCGAAAAGCAACAGUCUGGUCUGUUAGAUCUGUUUCAGCGAUUCAUGGAGAGCUCGCAGAACGAAAUGCAGUCUCUGGGGAGACGAGUGCGUUGUCUAGAGACAUCAUUCAGUGUACUCUCCACUGAUUUGUUAGUGUCUCGCAACAUAACACAAAAUGGCAACCACAAACGCAACGCCCAUCUACAGAACUGA